CACACGGUUACUGACGUCACGUGAUAGUCAUAGUGGGAUAUUCUCUCUCGAAAAUUAUUGAUCCAAACCAAAUCCAAACCAAAUUGCCUCUCCAUGGAGAUCUCCGACAAGUACAUACGACCGUUGUGGCAUCACAAAGGCGUCACUCCCAUCUGCAUAUAUCCACAUCGGUUCUCGCACUGCCAGCCAGGCAUGUGACUCUCGCACCAGCGGUAUGAUACCCUAACGCAUUGAGACACAGCCGAUUGGGGGACAGGAUCGAAAUUAAUACACAUGCUAAAUAUUUCUCGCAUCUGCCCUCGCGUAUUCUCAACUAUCCACACACCGAGUUCAUCGAAGUUCCCUCAGGGUCAUGGUCAAAGAUUCCUCGGAGUACUCUCCUGUCGACGCUGUUGACUAUGGUAAUGAGGAGGAAUCAUUUGAUGAUGCAGAAAGGUUCCGUGCAGGACCUCGUCCUAAGUUGUAUAGUAGCCUUCGCGUGUGGCCUCUGGUAAGCCAUGGCGCGUUGUUAUGCACAUCGAUACUCUUUUUCGCGCUAUGGAUGGGCACGCCUUCACCCCACCUGCAUGACGACAUUCCUGUAUACUCUCCAGCAAGUGGUGCUAUUGACUCCAUGAUCAUGAAAUUCAACGGAACGCUCGACUUUCCUUCCAUCUAUCGUGGCCCUCCUUCCCUAGAAAUUGAUGCCGUUUGGGCCAGAAUCACUCAUGAUGUGCCACCAACUCGGAUGUCACUUGAGGAGAUUCUCAAAGCCGGCGAAGUAGAUACACCUUCCAAGGUCAAAUAUCCACCCGAAUUUGGUGGGGGUUUCAUGGUAUCCAUGGAAGCCCCUCACCAACUCCACUGUCUGAAUUUACUUCGUAAAGCCUCGUGGCCCAAGCAUUACGGGCCCAUAGAUCCUUCGUUCCAGGAUACGCCCGAAGUAGUCCGCAUGCAUCUUGAUCAUUGUAUUGAAAUGCUCAGGCAGAAUACCAUGUGUAAUGCCGACGUGACGAUGAUAACAUGGGACUGGGUUCAGGGACACAAAAUCCCAUACCCUAACUUCAACACCCGCCACCAAUGCAGGAAUUUCGAGAAAGUUUUGGACUGGACUGUCGAGCAUGCUGUUCAUAUCCCUCGAUCAGCGGUUACUCGUUUCGAAGAUACAGUUGACAUCCCCUUACCCCCCAUCUGAUACACAAUGAUGUAUAGGGAAUAACGUGAUCCUUGCUCAUUACAUACAUUCACGAGUACUUAUCUUGCAAGAACGGCAAUGAUCAAGAGUACAUCAAUGACAUAGGAAUACCCUGAAAAAGUCGGGCGUGCACUACGGCAAGUCCGGCAGAGAGCGGCGGCAAAACUCGUGGCCAACAGA